AAAUGUAUUAUAACAUCCUUUUAGGGUUUGGAUCCAACUGAAGUUAAUGUGCCUGUAGUUGGUGGACAUUCAGGUAUUACCAUUGUGCCGUUAAUCUCACAGUGUAAACCAUCAGUAUCCUUUGAUGCUGAUAAAUUGGAUGCUUUAACUAAAAGAAUUCAAGAAGCUGGAACUGAAGUUGUUAAAGCCAAAGCAGGAGCAGGAUCUGCAACAUUAUCAAUGGCCUUUGCUGGUGCUCGUUUUACAUUUUCUUUAUUAAAAGCCAUGAAGGGAGAACAUAUUGUUGAAUGUGCAUUUGUGAAAUCUAGUGAAACAGAGGCUUCUUACUUUGCUACACCUUUACAGCUAGGGUCUAAAGGUCUUGAGAAGAAUCUAGGUCUUGGAAAACUUUCAGCUUAUGAGAAAGACUUGGUUGAAAAAGCUAUUCCAGAACUUAAAGCAAAUAUCAAAAAGGGAGAAGACUUUGUCCAUAAGUAAAAACUAUUCCUUUCUUUCUGUAUCUCAGUAGGAAUGAUUGCUGGAGUAAAUUUAGAAAUUUGAAUGAAAAUAUGUACAUAAAAUCAUGAUAUGGAAUCCAUUAAAAAUGGUCAGAUA